AUGGACGACUUGUACGCGAUUUACCAGGCCCACAGGGUCAUCUCUCUCGCGGCCGUCUUCGGGGCCGUCCUGCUUGUUGCGACAUGGCUUGGCCGUGACCGCAGGCUGGACACAAUUCCAGGCCCUAAGGGCUACCCGUUCAUCGGCGUGGGCGCGCAGCUCCCGCCCAGAGCGCCGGUAGUGUUCCGGCAAUGGGCGAUGGAAUACGGCGAUAUCUUCAAGAUCCGAGUGGGCUGGUACAACUGGGUGGUGAUCAACACCCCCGAGGCAAUCCGUGAGAUUCUAGAGAAGCAGGCGGUCAAGACAUCAUCCAAGGCACCAUCGCCACUGGGCCACGACAUCGUCACCAGCGGCAAGCGGAUGCCAACAAUGCCGUACGGCCCACACUGGCGCGCACAACGCUCGGUAGUGCGGCAAAUUACCACAGUCCCGAUCACGGCCACGUUUGCGCCCAGCCAGGAGUUCGAGGCCAAACAGCUGCUCUUCGAGCUGGCGACGGACAAUGUGAACCAGCAAAACUUCUACCAGCACAUGCGCCGCUUCGCCUUUAGCAUCAUCAUGACCAAUACGUUCGGCACCCGCGUCAAGAGCUGGGACCACCCGGACGCGCAAAAUGCCAUCCGCAGCCAGGGGAUCCUCCGGCGGACGUCGAAGCCUGGGGCGUUCCUAAUCGAUGAAAUCCCGCCCUUGGCCCGGCUGCCCAAAUGGUUGCAACCCGGGCGACAGGAGGCCAUCAAGGCGGCCGACGAAGUCCGCGAAAUCAAGAUGGGACUAUGGCGGCGGAUGGAGAAGCAGCUGGCCGCGGGCGAGGCGCCGCACUGCUACGCGCGCGAGAUUCUCGAGAGCAAGCAGUCCUGGUACUCGCAGGGGCUGGACGACGAAGACCUUGCCUGGGUCGCCGGCGGUCUGGUGGAAGCGGGCUUCGAGACGACCGCCGCAACGCUCAACAGCCUGGUUCUCAACCUGGCGGGCAACGACCGGGUGCAGACGGCUGCACACGAGGAGCUGAUGCGGGUGGUCGGCCCGGAGCGGCUCCCCACGCUAGCCGACAUGCCGUCGCUGCCGUACAUCCGGGCGUGUGUCAAGGAGAUGCUGCGGAUGAACCCGAUCCUGGCUCCCGGGAUCCGGCACUACGCGGACGAAGACGUCGUGUACAAGGGCCAUGUGAUCCCCAAAGGCACAGUACUCCUGGCCAACACGGCGUUCCUGCACUACGACCCGAACCGGUUCGAGAAACCCUUCGAAUUCAUGCCGGAACGCUACCUGGAACACCGGCUGUACAGCUCCGAGUACGCGGCCAUGAGCGAUCCGUACAAGCGCGACCACUUCACUUUCAGCACGGGCCGUCGUGUGUGUCCGGGUGCGAGGCUGGCAGAGAACGGGCUGGAUAUUGCGCUCGCGUGCAUGUUGUGGGCGUUUGAGGUUCGGCCGCCGCUGGUCAAUGGCGCGGAGGUGGCCAUGGAGCUCGGGGAGAAUGCGUACCCGGAUGCUGGGUUCACCAUCCCGAAGCCGUUUGCGGCGCGGUUUGUGCCGCGGAGUGAGCAGCGGUUGCGGUUUGUUAAGGAGCAGUGGGCGAUUGCGAUGAGGGAUGGGUAUGAGUUACGGGGGUCGCAUGUGGAUGUGGAGGGUGUUGUCAAGUACUGA